CAAUCUGGGGAUGAAAUAUGAGGAGAGCCUUAGUCGGAAUUUAUCAACCACAUAACUUCAAGUUGAAGGAACUUUCACUCUGACCGACGACUUGUCGAUUAGGAAAGAAAAAAACCAGAUAUUCCGAUGUCAAAGCCAGACUUGGCGGUUUCCAUGAACCCGCUGGGCUUGCGGGAUCCAAAAUUCAAUGGUCCGCAGGGAGAUGCCAUUCCCUUUUUCCACGAGGGCAGGUACCAUCUCUUCUAUCUGGAAUCGCCGGCAAAUGUGUACGAUCAGCCUGAGCGCGGGCGCACGCCUUGGAAGCACGUCGUCAGCGACAACCUCGUCGACUGGCAGGAUCUCGGGAUUGCACUGCCGCUCGGCGAAGGUGACGAUCCCGAUAUCGACGGGAUUUGGACGGGGUCCAUCGUCGCCGUCGACGGCGUGCUACAUGUCUUUUACACCGGUGGCCGUCGUACGGCGAGUGUCCCGCAGACAAUCUGCCACGCGACCAGCACGGACGGCGGUGUUGUCUUCAAGAAGAGCCCCUCGAAUCCGAUUCAUCUCCCACAGGCCGAAUGGUUCGAGCGACGCGACUGGCGUGAUCCCUUUGUGUUUUGGAACGAAGAGCACAAGCAAUACUGGAUGCUGAUCACCUCUCGUGCGAACGACGGACCUCCCGGGCGUAGAGGUGUGAUCUCGUUGAGCACUUCCGAUGAUCUCACGACGUGGACCACCGUACAAGAACCUUUCUACUCACCAGGAAUCACGUACUCGAUGGAAUGCCCCGAGGUGUUUCGCCUGGGCGACAAGUGGCGCCUGGUGUUUUCCCGCUUCACCGAGCACGCCGCCACCGUCUACCGCGAGGCGGACAGUCUGUCCGGCCCAUGGCGCACCCCGAAACACCCGGCGUUGGACGGCGCCCACUGGUAUGCCGCAAAGUCCCUGGAGGAUGCACGGGGACGCCGUAUUGCCUUCGGCUGGGUCCACGAUCGGCGUGGCUUCGCAGAGGGAGGCGAGUGGCUGUGGGGCGGGGACAUGUGCCUGCCGCGCGAAAUCUUCGUCGGUGACGAUGACCGUUUGUGCGUACGGAUGCCGCUCGAAGUCGACGCCCAACUGACGUCCCGACGGGAACUACUGAUUCGGCAUCAGGCAUCAUCCCCCGGUGGCGCGACGACAGCAGCAGCAGAAUGGAAAGCCAGCGCGCCUGGAUCCUUUGCGGUAGCCGAGAUCGAGAGUGGCCCUCUGCAGCCCAGCCUGACCCGGCUCACGGUUGAAGCCGACCUCCAUGAGCUUGCUGGUGGCGUAGGUCUGGCGCUCUACGCGAACGCGGGUCUCACAGAGGGUUUGCUGCUCUUUUUCGACGCGAGCACCGGGGUCAUCAGCUUGGGCGGUCCCGCAAGGGGACAGGAGGACGAUCGUCUACCUACACCGUUUGUGACGAAUCGAGUUACCGGCCGUCGCCGAGGGAAGCUUCGAUUCGACUUGUAUCUACGUGGCAAUGUGCUCGAGAUAUUUGUCGAUAGACGGGUCGCGCUGACGUAUCGUCAAUAUUUCGAUCGGUCGUUCACCGCACAGCCGUACGUCGAAGAUGGUGUAGUCACAUUCAGGGCGAUGCUGGCAACGAGGGGAGGGAAACUAGAGAGAGCACAAUGAAAAGUCCAGGAGGCGUAGCCUCUUGUCAAAAUGA